AUGGAGUCGGCGGAAACAGGAGAAUGCCUGUGGAUGGUGACAGACGACUACAUCUUUGGCAUCCGCGUUGACAAGUUAGAAAAUUUGGGGAAGAAUCAGGAUAGGGAUUGGAAAUCCCUUCUUGAGCCGGCUCCGUUUGAUUUCCGUUUGGAUCUUCCAGAGUCCUGCUCGUUGCAUCAAUACUUUAUCUUCGACUCGAAGCUUUUCAUAGUCGGUGAUCAAACCAAUUCUGGCGCCAAGAUCUACCAAAUCUCCUAUGUCGGCGGCGACACGUUGGACAUAUCUGAGGCAGUAGCGACGGGCGCAAUCCCUCCGCUACCGACCGGCGACUUCAGUUUCCUUAGAAACAUUAAAGAUGACGUUUACUUGGUGGAAGAUGAUGCGACACCACCGAUAGGGUUAUACGUUUUACGUUCCCGUUCCCCGAACUGGCAUUCCGUGCCCGCUCCUCCAACCGAACUCAACUCUGAUAAUUAUAAUUUGCUUUUUGGUUUCGUGCUGAAUGAUAAGCUCUUCUUGCAUCUCCCGUUCGCACCAGGAAUUGCUUAUGUAUACGACCCCCAACCUAACGCAUGGAUUAAACUGGAGCGGGCACUUUCUCAUCCUGAUUAUGUUUCUUUCUUGAGUGUGUCGUUCCUUGGGGAUGUACGCCAUCGCAGUGUUGUGCUGACAUGGACCGUGGAGGGUCUUUGCGGACCUGGUGUGAAAUAUGACAUACACGCUUUGCUGGUGGAUAAUCAAGAUUAUUGUAUUCUUCGCCAUCAACGCCUUGAUGAGUUGUGUGAGGCGAUCCAACCAUCCUUCUUUGAGCCCGCAGAUCUCAACUUGGUUGACCUUGGCAACAGCAAAGUAUGCGUUAUCAUCGGUGGUGCUGCAGAAGUCAUUCCAUCCGUUUGCAUUUUAGUAGUUGAAUUAGGGUUGGUACAAGAGGAGGAGCAGCAAAGGUUCUUAUCUGUGCGUGUACUCGUCAAUCGAGUCUUCGAUAUGAGGCCUUAUAUCUCAAAGUACGGCGGUCUUCAAGGGCUCUGCACCUCCUUUCUUUUCUCGCUCAGCAAGGGAACGUCGGACAUAGACAGGGAUGCGGUGAAGGAUCAUAUAGGUGAGGAAGUUCCCACCCUGACUUCGGCAUCUCUGGAGGCCUUUUCCAGGAAGAGGUCAUCCGGGAAGGACGGCCCUUCGACAGAAGGUGAUAAUGUGGUCAAGGUUGCUCAAUCUAAGGAGAUUAGUUUACAGAGAACAAAGCUAGAGUCAGCUGUUGUAGGUCUUGAUAAGUACCUGGAGGUUUCUCAAUUGAAGGAUAAGGCUAGAGAAUUGGAUAUGAAGGACAUGACUGAGGCUUUGAAGGCGAAGGAAAAAGAGUCAGAGGAAAUGGUAAAACAGAUAGCUACUUUGCAGUCUCAAUUGAAGGGACGCGAUGAGAAGAUUGAGGCAUUAACUCUAAAGGUGGGUGAGCUGGAGAAUGCAUUAAAGGAUGCUAAAAAUUCAAAGGAGCCAAUGGCUUUUGAGAUGUUUGGGAAAGGGUUUGAUCGUGCUAUAAGUCAAAUUAAGGCUCGUGCGCCGGAGGUUAACGUGGUUGAUAUGGAUGUAUCCAAGAUUGUGGUAAAUGGAGUAUUAGUGGAUGCUGACAUCCCGGAGGAAGGUUGUGAUGUCAAAGAGAAUGAAUGAAUGAUAUCAAAGUGGGUGCCUCCCUGACUAGUAAAAAGGAAAAAAAAUUCUUACAUUAGAUUCCCAUUUAAAUGCUGCUUCUGUCGAACUACAACAAUUAAAGAACUUGUUGAGAUCGAACAGAAUGAAAAUCUCCUUCAAGGUCCUUUUCAAAAACUUAAACACAGGAAACAACUGCUUGACAAAGAAGUUCUAUCUUUGUCAAAAGAAAAAAUUAAUCUUGAAGCUCGAACCAGACAACUUCAUGCUGUAGAGUUGAAACAAUUUCAAAAGCUCCAAACACUUGCGCAGGAGCGAUCACAGCUGAAGGAACAACUGGACCAACUUUUGCAGCCUUAUGAAAAUUGAAGGCUUGGUAUGUCAAGUGAUUAUAUAACUGAACAUCUCCUUUCUUGUUGUCACUUGUCUUUAUAUUUUUAGAACUGAGUAUUUUGCACUAUGACUCAAUGCUUCAAAUAUUUACCAUUAACAAGGCAGAGGAGUCCUUCAGAGAAUUCAAAGUGUGCCCAAGUUUCCCACAGUUCAUAGAUCAUAAGCUAAGAUCACAUUAGCUUUAAGGGCAGAUUAUAUAUCCUCCAAUUCCAAAGGAUAUGUAGAAAUCAUGAUGCAUCAAGGUUUUAGGGGAGGGGUUCUAAAUUUAUUGUUUGGAUUGUUUACAAAACAAAUCUAGGACUAGUUGAAUUAGGGGAUUCUACUGUCAUGAGUGGUUUGGAAGAUGCAAUGGAUUUUUGGGAAGUAGGAUUAAUCUACAUCAAACCCUCUUUUAGGUAUGCAUUGCAUUGUAUGAUAUCAUAUAUGGACAGAAUUUUCAGAUAGUAGAAUUUA